AUUCAAACAAGUGAAAAAUUCCUGGUAACUAUUCCUUACUUUCCUUGCCACCGUAACCCCUCGAUAACAAAGGGUUAUCUAUCAAAAACCCUAAACAAAAACUGAAAAAUCAACUUUCAGGCAAAAGAGGGUUUGAAAUUCCCUGGAAAACAAAAUGCCUCAGGUGAGAAUUAUUGCUAAGAAUUUUAUGGACAUGGUGGCGUCUCUGCCCGCCAUGAAGCUUGACAGGCUUUACGCCAAUCCCUUCAUUUGCCAAGCCAUUCUCAGGUCAUUGCCUCCUUUAGCGAAGAAGUAUGUGCUGGAAAUGUUGUAUAUAGAUGGUCCAGUGUCAGCCAAGAUGCUGGAAGAGUGGGUGCUUGCUGAUGGAUCGUCUAAGCAUAGAAUCGCUCUUGAUCGUUUGAUUCAGUUGAGAAUUUUUACUGAAACCGUCGAUAGGAAAAAGGAAACCAGUUACAGAUUAAAUCCAACAUUUCAGAUUAACCUCCGGAAGCAUUUAAUAGAUCGUGAAGUCUUGCCAAGGGAACCAAUGCCUUCAAAUAUUGUUGCAAGACUCCCAAGCUUGGAGGAACUUGAGGCAUAUGCCCUUGGUCAAUGGGAGUGUUUCUUGCUGCAACUUAUAAAUUCAACCCAAGCAGAAAAGCUAACCAACUUCAGCUCCUCUAUGAUGAAAGUUUUCCAGAGGGGUCUCUUGAGUCAAAGGGAGAAAGAAGCUUCAAGAUUAACUGAGAGUGGUUUCCAGUUUUUGCUGAUGGAUACAAAUGCACAACUGUGGUACAUCAUCAGAGAAUAUAUUUCUAACUCUGAGGAACGUGACAUAGAUCCAGCAGAUCUGAUUUCCUUUCUGCUAGAGCUUAGUUUUCAUAUCACUGGUGAGGCGUAUAAUAUGAAUACAUUGACUGAGAUCCAGAGGCAUAUGAUAAAGGACCUUGCAGACUUGGGAUUGAUUAAACUUCAGCAGGGCAGGAAAGAGAGUUGGUUUAUACCUACUAAAUUAGCAACCAAUCUUUCAGUAAGCUUGACAGAUUCAUCAUCACGAAAACAGGGAUUUGUUGUUGUGGAAACAAACUUUAGGUUGUAUGCUUAUUCAUCAUCUAAGCUGCAUUGUGAAAUUCUGCGUCUUUUCUCAAGGAUAGAGUAUCAACUUCCAAACCUUUUUGUUGGAGCCAUAACAAAAGAAAGCUUGUAUAAUGCUUUUGAAAAUGGCAUCACAGCAGAGCAGAUAAUUUCUUUUCUUCAGCAGAAUGCUCACCCUCGUGUUGCAGAGAGAAUACCUUCAGUUCCUGAAAAUGUUGCAGAUCAGAUAAGACUCUGGGAAUCUGAUCUGAACAGGGUUGAGAUGACCCCAGCACACCUUUACGAUGAAUUCCCCUCUAGGGAUGUCUUCGAGGCCGCUUGCGACUUUGCACGAGAGUGGUGUGGUUUGCUGUGGGAGGAUUCAAAGAAAAUGCGCAUGGUAGUCAAGGCAGAAAUUCACAUGCACAUGCGAGAGUUUCUUCGUGGACAAAAGUAGCUAAUACGCUAAUCGUUAAUAUUGAGUUGAUCAGAUGAGUUCAUGUAAAUCAAAUUUUUUGAAGUCCUGCAGUGCUGGAUCUAGAAAAUUUUAUCAGUGGGCGAUGUAUGCAAACAUAUUUAUAAAUGUGUAAUUAAGAAUA